AUGUCCGUAUGGCAAAGUCCCUCGCUUCAUGAAGGCAACCUGAGCAAGGAGCAUUCCAGCGCUGGCGACAGCGUCCUGGGCGUUGCCUUUAUCGCGCCUCGUACUCUUUUCCCUUCAGCUCCCACGACUCUCGAUAGCCUUUGCAAUAGAGACUCGGCAUAUAUUCUCUUCAUCAUGAGCGCUUCUCCGUCGGGCCAGUCGAACGGCCGAACUCCAACCCCCGGCAGCGGUGUUCCCCAGUUUAUUCGCAAGUCCAAACCUGCAGAUCCUCUGAGGCCACGCCAGAAACCGCGUCAGAAGCUUGUUCUACAGAAAUUACCACCUGGCGCCCCUGGGCCGAAACCUAAGGGACCCGGGGCGCCUGCCCGACCGGGUCCAGCGCGACAAUAUCCCGUGAAUGGCACCGCGCCUCAGAAACCACAAUCUGGAUCGCAACCAUCUACUAUCAAUGGUGCCAAUGCCCCGAAAUCACACGGUGGUUGGACCAACGCGCCAACAGGACCCUACCAAGAUUUCCCUCUGUACACGACCAAACGAGCUCUCCGUGAAGGCAUAAGGCAUCAUAUUUCGAGAUUCGCUACGAAGAAGGAUAUCGACCCCGUAAACCAAGAUGAGUUUACGCGGCCAGUGGUCCUGCAUAGAAGAGACCCUAGACAGCCCCCUCCAGGGAAGGCCGCCAAAGAAGAGGAGCUUGCCCCCGAUGAGUUGAUGGAUUCCAAGGAGCGAGAGAAGUUGGAGAUAAUGAAGGCCGAGAAGGAAGCCCGGAGAGCAGCAGAUUUAGCGCAGAUUGCCCCGACCGGAAAUAAUGCCGCGGCGCUGGCGGCGAAGAAAACCCAAUCUUUCCGAAAUGAGAAGACAACCCAAGUGUAUCGGCUAGACAAGACCGAGGAACAGAAGAAAGCUUCCGAUUUGAGAUAUGAAGAAGCACUACCAUGGCACCUGGAGGAUGCGGACAACAAGAACACCUGGGUUGGAAAUUACGAGGCCGCUCUAUCGCAUACUAACGUCAUCUUCGUCAUCGAUGGAUCAAGGUUCUUGAUGAUUCCGAUUGAGAAGUGGUACAAGUUUACUGCUAAAAACCAGUUCAAGACCCUCACAAUAGAAGAGGCAGAGGCGCAAUUGAACAAAAAGACAAGAGAGCCUCGAUGGGUCAUGAGGGAUAACGAGAAGAAGGGCGCAGAAGUGGGACCGAUGCAUAAACUGUUUACCGUCAAGUCAGAAAGCAAAACGUUCCUGAAUGCUAGCAAGGGCGAGAGGCAGGAUAUGGACGACCUUGACUUCGCUGAGUCCGAUCUGUUCCAAGAUGAUGAUGAGCAGCCAACCCUUGAACCCGACCAUGAUGAGGAGUCAAAAGAGGCGCAGACCAAGAUCAAGCGUGAGCAACUAGGAGCCAAUUUUUUCGGUCAGGCGAACGAAGUAGAAGUCGAGCGAGAGCUUGAGCAGGAGGAAAAGGAUACCGAGCAACAGAGAAAACUUGGCAAGAAGGUUCGGAAAGCUUUGACACGGCGCGAGAGAAAUCUCAUCUAUGAAAGUGAUUCUGAUCAUCCUUAUUCUGAAACGAGCGAGGAUGACACAUCGGACGAGGAGAAACAAAAAGAGAUCGACCGCAGAAAGGAUGAGGAAGCCAAAGCUAAGUCGAAGCUUCCUUCCGGCGCGUCAUCUAAAGGGACAAAUACGCCCUCUGGCAGACCCAAACACACCGAUCCUUUGAAGAAAGCCAAAAAUGCCCUCAAGAGGUCUGGUUCUCCAAACCUCUCGGAGUCUUCAGGGAACGAGUCUGUCCGAAAGAAGCACAAGAAGAAGCAUGGCACCCCCCAGCCUUCGGGUACAAGCACACCAGUUCCCGGCUCCCGGCCUAUGUCACCGGCCCCUUCAGGGUCGCAACCUGGUCAGAGCCAGCGAAGGUCUUCGGUCGUGAAACUUAACGUGAAUCCAUCAAAACUCACGGAAAUCCAGGCUGCUCCUCCCAACCCAAGCCAUGGCGGUUCGAUGAGUGACGGUGAAGCUACUGGCGGGGAAAUGUCUGAUGGUGGCAAGAAGAAAAAGGUCAAGCUCCGUCUUAAUGCGUCGCCCGCGGGAUCGCGCGCAGGAAGUCCAGAUCCAGCUAGGGCUAGAUCAAUUGGAGCUGGUGGAAGCCGUGCAGGCAGCCCUUCGACAGCGCCAGAUACUUCCCGCGCACAGUCACCGGGGGCGGGCCCUAUUCAGCCACACGAGAUAGCAGCAGCACUGCCUCCGUCCGGUAUCUUGAUUGGAGAGCUGAUGAAAAGAUUCGCCGGUAGAGUUGGCGAUGGUCCUGGGCAGACGCCCAAAAAGGACUUCAUUCAGCUUGUGAAAGUGAACUCGAAGUAUGGACCAGACAGGAUUUUGCGGCCCAAAUAG